UUUCUGACAGAAUUAGAUGGUGUUGAAGUCUUGACCGGUGUAUUUGUUUUUGCUGCAACAAGUCGGCCAGAUUUGCUUGAUGCUGCUCUAUUACGGCCCGGGAGGCUCGAUCGGCUUUUAUUUUGUGAUUUUCCAUCCCAUCAAGGGAGAUUGGAUAUUCUUAAGGUCCUUUCGAGAAAGUUACCAAUGGCUGCUGAUGUCGACCUGGAGCUCAUAGCUCGUAUGACUGAGGGCUUUAGCGGAGCAGACCUUCAAGCGCUUCUUUCAGAUGCACAGCUGGAAGCAGUUCACGAGCUUCUUGACAGCAGCCCAACUGGAAAGAUGCCUGUGAUCACAGGCAAUCUUUUGAAGUCCAUUGCUUCCAAGGCUAAAUCAUCCGUUUCAGAAGCCGAGAAGCAUAGGUUAUAUGAUAUCUACAGCCAAUUUCUCGAUUCCAAACGGUCGAUAGCUGCGCAGAACUACGUUGUUGUAGCCACUAAUAAUCACUAUAUCAUGGUGAAAGACAAGGUUAUGCAUAAAUCUAUUGGUCUAUCACCAAAUGGGAUGGUAUGGCCGACGCUAUAA